UUGGUGUAGUGCAACCCAUAGCGUACGGAACCCUAAGAAAGACGACCGUACGUACAGUGUAGCUGCAUAUGGAGUACCUCACUGUUCAGGAAGUAGGCCCGAUGUACAAAAUAUCAUGGACGCAGAACGUGCCGUGUAAUGUUAUUCAAAUUUCUCUUAUUUUGUAAUGGAAAAUGAGCUACGAUCCAGUGUUACGACAUUUCAUGGUUACCUCUGGUAAGUCGUCGCAAGCAGUGAAGCAACAACAGGUACUAGAUAUGGACCCGAGAUUGCCCAUUAAACUGCAGGAAAACGUAGCUGAUCUGGGAGGUCUUGCCAAGCAGAUUCUACGCGGAUCCAAAUCUAACGAGCACUUGAUGCAAGCCACACGAAAUCUUGCCACUCAUGAAGCAAAUGUUGAUAAUUCAGCUCAUAAUUUGAAAAAGAUGAGCCUCAUGGUAUCCCAACUUCAAUUUCAGGCUGAGGCAAUUGAAAGAAGCUUAGAAGUUAUGGAUACUCUGCAGGACCAGCUACACACACUCCAGAGGUGACGCAAUCUUGUCUGUUGAUGCCUGCCUCCAGAUUCCACCAACUGGUGCAUCUUAUACAUCCAGUGAUUCACCAUUCUGAGUCCAGUGGGCAGAAUUUACAUGCUAACUGUCUCCAGGAACUUGUUGCUUUCUGAUGAACUGGCCAAGCAUUUACCCAAAGCAUGCUUUGCCGUAAUCCCUGACAGAUAACCUGCCAGUGAUAGGAAUUGAUUGCUCACUUAUAUGGAAAAAAAUCAGAUUCAAUCAAAGAAGGAGACCAAGUCAUACGUUGUGGGUGUUUGAUUUAAGAAAUAUGUCGGCAGCUAUGAUUUGAAACUGUUGUGGCCAACAUCUCAUCUUAGCUGCAAGAAACGCUUUGGAAAUUCUUGUGCAUUUGUAUGUUUAGAGGAACAGAAUGGAUAGAUUCUGAGUUACAAGAUAUCAAUUGAACCUUCUUGUGUAUCGAAUGUGUAUCUUCUUGUGUAUCCUUCUUCUGAGUAUCAUUGGAUUCAAUGAUACUCAGUGAAUUAUCUCAGUGGGGCAUUUGUUUAUGUGUCUCAAAUAGUGGUACCUAUUUGUACUCAAGAGUAGUACAGUAGUGAAUGGUGAUGCAUAAGAGAAUGCUUAAUGUACAAUGUGCCAGAGACCUGGAGUGAGCUUUGUUUUGGUUCGGAUGAGCACUAGUGUAAUCAGUCCAUGUGAAGUGUGUCACAAGUAAUUCAGUUAGUUGUGGAGGUUGGUGGUAGCACCAUGCAGGAUAUCUCUUUUAUGAGUAUAAUUAUGUGGUUCUGAAAAGAUCUGGAGAGUACUCAAUGCUUUGGACAGCAUGCUCUAUCUGCCAUCAGGAGACUGCUGAAGUUCCAAUGCCAAAGCCAAAGAGAUGUAAAGAGGAUGCUAACUCAGGAUCCAACCAAAAGCACUCAAGCAGAACAUGGGAUGACAGCAGAUCAAUGAGGUGUGUCAGUGUGAAGGAGGGGAGCAUGUGGGAAGGUUGCCAAGGGAGUAGGAGAACCACAUACUCACAAAAGAGACAUCCUGCAUGGUGCUACUGCAAACCUCUAUAACUAACUUGCUGCCUUCACUACAUAAAGCUUCAAAGCUCAAGUAAUUCAGUCUUAAGUCAAGUCACAAGCAAUUCGAAUAAACUGUGACAGAAGCAUUUCUUUGU